AUGUCCUUCGCUUGUCUUCCCAUUGAGUUGGUGAGGAAAAUCUGCACCUAUCUGCAGCUACCAGCCUGGUGUGCGCUUCGACUGACUUGUCGGUCGCUCUACAACAUCACUUUCGAUUCGUUUCGACGCGUCUUCCGCAGCAUCUCCGUCUUGUGCACCUCCGGCGGACUGUGCCAACUCUAUGAGCUUUCCAUGCACGAGGGUAUUCGCCAACAUGUCGAAGAGCUCAGACUUGUCCCGGAGCUAUUCAAUGGUGAAUAUGAAAUGCCUCCCUAUGGUUUCGCGUAUUGGGACUGUAUUCGAUUGGCCUUGAAGAAACAGCGACAGCAGCAGCCUGAGGAGUACUCCGCUUCAGCCCAUGUCUCGCAGUACUAUCAGGAUUUUCGCUUCGUCAUGAAAGAUCAUCGACGCAUACUGAAGUCGCCGACUGCCAUCCGCGUUCUCCGACACUGUAUGAGCCGUUUUGUCAACUUAACUACAGUCGGGUUACGAUAUCGCCCUGCCGAAGGAAGUCGUGACUCGAUAUGUCUACGCUGGCGCAGUCUAACAGACGACCUCGGCUUUCCCCCCAAGUUCCCCAAGGAAUUCCGCCGGCACGAAUGGAUCUCCAGAGAGCAGGAUCGAGCUUUCUGCUUCCUUGUUAGAGCCCUGAUUGCGAGUGGUCAGAACGUGAAGCAUCUGUCAACCUGUGGCAAGCAUUGA